AUGAAUGAUCAGGAAGGAGAUUCUGACUCGGAACUAUACGAGCAGUAUUUGGAGGAUAGGAGGAGAUUACAAUCUAGGGAGGAUGCCCACGAGAUACAGACAAGCGAAGAAGUAUUACAAAGAAAUCUAGAUGAGACUUUAAGUCGGGUACUUAGGAACUGGAGCCAAGAAAUUGAUAAUCAUCAUGUGAGGAUACGAAUUACUGGCAGAAGGCAUGAGAACACGAAUUCUAAUAGUCAUACAAAUAACUCAUACAAUAAUGGUGCAGCCACUGAGAAUAGAAAUAAUAAUUAUGGAAAUAUGCUAGGUAUAAAUCUCCCCUCUCACAAUAGUAUUGGUAGCAACAGCAAUGGGGUGAAUCAAAGAACACCCUUCGCUCAGAGACCCUCAUUUUUCAGAACAUUGGUCAGGAACUUACUAGUUUUGAACUAUCUAGUACUUUCGUUAUUAUUCCCUUUUUCACUAUACAAUGUAUUGAGAAGUGGAUUUAGUACCAUGACAUUUUCAGAGCGUGAUUUCACUAGAGAGAUUUUAACAUAUUGGUAUGCAAUAGAUACAGUUGACGUUAUCAGUCUAAUAAAGCCAAGUACCCCAGAGACAUCCGAUAGCGGUCCAGGCUUAGGACUGUUAGGGAAAUUUCAUAACAUCAUCGUGUAUUACUCAUUGCCAAUAGGUGAGGCUCUUUUGAGACGGAUAUUGAAUAUAGAUAGGUCAUACACAGAUACGGAAGAAUAUCCUGUAUCAGUUGGAAUUUAUAGAAUGAUUCUCGGAUUUUUUUUCAGAUGGUAUAAGAAAAGCAUAAAGAUUGUUACGAUAUUAGUUUAUUUGCUAUAUGGUAUUGGAGGUACAACCUAUCUAAUGAUUGCUGGGUUUUUCUUUAGUCUAUGCGUGGGUCUAACUAUAGUGAGAAGGUAUAAGAGUACGCAGCAGAUACUUUCAGGACUUUUUUAA